AUGGUAGAUAAACACCAGUCCUUGGGCGUGGCUAGCAGUGACCGCUGUGACCACAAGGCUACCCCACAGCCCUAUGGGAGUGUGGUGGCUAGCAGUGACCGCUGUGACCACAAGGCUACGCCACAGCCCUAUGGGAGUGUGGUGGCUAGCAGUGACCGCUGUGACCACAAGGCUACCCCACAGCCCUAUGGGAGUGUGGUGGCUAGCAGUGACCGCUGUGACCACAAGGCUACCCCACAGCCCUAUGGGAGUGUGGUGGCUAGCAGUGACCGCUGUGACCACAAGGCUACGCCACAGCCCUAUGGGAGUGUGGUGGCUAGCAGUGACCGCUGUGACCACAAGGCUACCCCACAGCCCUAUGGGAGUGUGGUGGCUAGCAGUGACCGCUGUGACCACAAGGCUACGCCACAGCCCUAUGGGAGUGUGGUGGCUAGCAGUGACCGCUGUGACCACAAGGCUACGCCACAGCCCUAUGGGAGUGUGGUGGCUAGCAGUGACCGCUGUGACCACAAGGCUACGCCACAGCCCUAUGGGAGUGUGGUGGCUAGCAGUGAACGCUGUGACCACAAGGCUACCCCACAGCCCUAUGGGAGUGUGGUGGCUAGCAGUGAACGCUGUGACCACAAGGCUACCCCACAGCCCUAUGGGAGUGUGGUGGCUAGCAGUGAACGCUGUGACCACAAGGCUACCCCACAGCCCUAUGGGAGUGUGGUGGCUAGCAGUGAACGCUGUGACCACAAGGCUACCCCACAGCCCUAUUGGAGUGUGAUGGGACUAGGAGGAUGA